AUGAGAAAUAUUAAUAAUAAGAUUAAUUUAGAAUUAUUUAAAAAUGAAAUUGAUUCUGAUCUUUCUUAUGAAAAAUUUAAAAUAACAGAGAAUAAUGGAAUUUUAUAUGCUGGUAUGAUGAAUGGAAAAUUGUUUUAUUAUAAUCUUUCUAAUCAGGAAAGUGGUUUUAUAAAAUUAGAAUCUGAUAAUCAAAGUAAGAAAGUCUUACAAAAUACCAAUCAACUUGUCAAAAAUGUUAUUAGUUAUAAAAAUGGAGUAAUAGGCGUAGUAGAUAAUAAGCUUUAUAAAAUUGAAACAGAAUAA